AUGCAUUUUGCAUCAUUUAAUUUAUAAAUCAAUUUUAUAAUAAAUAUAAAAACUAUCUAAUGGACUCAACAAAAGAAAGAGUUGAAGGAACUAGAGCUACAGUCAUUGAAAUAAUAGGAAGAACAGGUAAGAAUAGUAAUAAAUAAUUCAGGAUCUAGAGGAGGUAUAACAUAAGUAAAAGUGCAAUUGGUGGGACAAUAAAGAACAUUAAUAAGAAAUGUUAUGGGUCCUGUACGAAAAGGAGAUACUUUAGAACUCAUGGAAUGUGAAAGAGAAGCUAGAAGAUUAAGAUGAUUUGAUAAAUAUGAUCAAUAAAAAUGCAAACUUAAAUUCAUAGUCAAGAUGCAAAAAUAUCUCAAAACCUAAUAUAUUAUUAUUAUAAUUAUUUAAUAUAUAUAUUAUUAUGUUAAUUAAAAUUAGGCCGAAAUAUAAAAAUACUACAAGCUAAACAUUUCAAAAUUCAAUCAAUGUUAGUAAAUCACAAAUAUGUCCUUAACCUGAUGAUAUUAUUUAAGAUUUUAAUGAAUUAGGUUUAAAUGUAUAUCAUCCAUCUAAUAAUAUUAAAAAUUAAUAAAAUUAAAUAGAUGAAUAAAUGAUAAUAGUGGAGGUAAAUUUAAUUAUACAUACUUAAGAAUUCUCAAAAGAAAUAAAUUAUUGUGAAUCUAAAUAAAAAGACUAUUAAAAAAGUUAAAAGAUACAUUGAAACCCCUUAAAUUGUAUUAGAAAGAAUAAAAAAUACAUAAAUUGAUGUAUGAAUUUAUCAUAUAAAGUUGAACCCAACAUGCAGAAUCUGUCUCGAAUAAGAUUCAUUAGAUAAACUAAUAUCUCCAUGUAAUUGUGAUGGUACUAUUAAAUAUAUUCAUAUGGAUUGUUUGAAGACAUGGCUUCUGAGUAAAUUCUCAAUAGACAAUUUGAUUGAUAGUAAAGUUAUAAGAAAUUGAGUUUUAGGCUUAAUGUGAAUUAUGUAAUAGCUCUCUAUAGUGUAAAUUAACCUUCUCUAAUAAAUAUGUGUGUUCAAGAUUGAGAUAAAUGAGUAUUAGUUAAAAAAUAUUCUUUUUCAUUUUUCCAAUGCUCACUCUAAUACUAUUUGCUUUGGGAAUAUAUUUUAUAACAUAGAUUAUAAAGAAAAGUAAAGAUUAAUAUGCAUACAUAUUCGGAGUAUUUGUUUGUAUUCCUGCAUUUUGUAUGUUGACUUAUUUAUUUAUAACGAUGUUGAUUGAUGCAAUAAGAGUUAAAUUUGUAAAGACUUGGACCAUUUUGAGUUAGGAUACUAGAAAUGAUACUGAUGUUAGCCUUAAACCAUUAAAAGGAAGAGCCAGAUCUUAGUCAUUACCUUAAAUUUAUCCUGAAAAAACUGUUUAAGAAUAACAUUUUGGAAAAACUAUUUUCAAAUAUAUAACAAGAUAAUAAAUGAUAUGA